AUGGCUGCGCCCAGGGGGAAUGUGAGCGACAGCGAAAGCAGCAGCGAGGACAGCACAGAGGAGCUGCAGCGGUGUCGGGAGGCGGCCGUGCCGGCCUGGGGUUGGGGGCCGAACCUAGAGCGGGGACAGGAGGUUACAGCUAAAGACAAUUUACCAGCUGCCCGACCAAGCCUCAGACUGAAGGUGGAUGACCAUGAGCAAGAUGGGAAUGAGCUUCAGACCACCCCAGAGUUCCGGGUUCACGUAGCAAAAAAACUGGGAGCCUUCUUGGACAGCUGUAUCACCAUUUCGGAAUCCAGACCCAAACUCACACAGACUCCUGCGCAGACAGAGCCCCCUGGGGAGGAUGACGGCUUCCGCCUUUUCUUCACAUCCAUCCCAGGCAGCCCUAAGGAUUCAGGUCCUCCCACCAUGAGGAGAAAGCGGCCUCCUUCCAGGUCCAGCAGUGGGUCAGACAGUGACGAAGAGUGGAGGAGAUGUCAGGAGGCAGCCGUGUCUGGGACAGACAUUCUCCGGCAUGGAGCCCUUCCUGCCCAGGACACCCCCGAGGAGAAACAGACCCCAAAGAAGAAGAAGAAGAAGAAGAAGAAGAAACAGGUUGGGCAGGGGAAGGAAGCUGGUCCCAGAGUAUCUGUGGAGAAGGAGCCAGAAAGAGGAAAGGCCCAGCCCAAUGGGGACCAUGUACCACUCACCACAAAAAAAAAGAAGAGAAAGAAGAAAAACCGGAAGGAAGACAGUGAAACUCUGCCAUUCCCACCACAGAAGAACCAAGCAGCCUGUGGCACUGAGUGACUCUCUCAUAGGGGCUGGCUCCUGCCUCCCCAGCCGGGUCUGCCCAAAAAAGAGGACACCUUUCCUCGGGAGCAUGGGACUUGGCAGGUCCCACUCAAAUGGCCCAGAGGGGUUCAGAGAAGCCCUUCCCUCGACACCCUCUUUUCUGACCAUCUU